UCGCUUCCAAUUCAGUGUUAAUUUGGUUCUUGAAGAGUCAACAUCAAGAGCUGGAAGAGCUAAAAAUAGUAAGAGAAGCAAUACCUAGUGGAAAGCAAAUCGAACUGUUGCGUUACUGAAAGAGAGUUUUAUGAACUUGAGGUUUUUUUCAUACAAGUGAGUGUGUUGUAUCCGAGAGUCAAUUCAAGCGAUAAGAUCUUGCGAAUAUCAGAAGAAGAAAAAAGUCAAGGCCGGAAGGACUCUGUGUGCGAAACGGCAGUGUGCGAGAGAGAGUGAACUUUAGAGCAUCGGCAAAGAAGAACGGUUACGAGAAACCGGCUUGAGUGUGCAGUUUGAUACGAAGAGGAAACGCGAUCUUCGGAGUUCGGAAAUCGAUCGUCGAGACGAACGAGAAGAGAACAAUCACUAGUUUUUUUUUUAUCUGUUUGGUGGUGAUCGCAAACGAGGUUCGUCGAUAAGAGCAGUAGGCGAGCAGGAGUUCGCGAGUGAUCAAGUGCAUCUCGGUUAACGAAAAAAGGAAAGGCUGCAAACAUGGUUCUAAGAAGCAAGAGCUUUGCCCGCUUCGUGUUCCAGAACCAGCACAAACUGAUUCAGCAACUGCUGCAGACACAGCAACUGCAGAUCCGGCUGUGCAGCGGCGGUUCCCAGCAGAUCCAGCAUGCGCUGCGCGUCGAGGAAGAUGACGCGCCGCGGAUUUCGCAGGCCGAUCCGGUGGCGGCGCCGUUCCCGAUGAAGCUCGAGCACGCGCCCGAUGUCGGCGAGCAGUUCCGGUACUCGGAUCUCUCGGUUCGACUGGCCGCGCCCCAUGAACUAUCGCCCAAACCGGACACCGACGAUAUGGCCUUCGGCAAGUACUUCACCGACCACAUGCUCAAAAUCGCCUACCACAAGCGGCUCGGAGGCUGGCAGAAGCCGGAAAUCACUCCGAUGGAGACGCUCAAUCUGCAUCCCGCCGCCAAGGUGUUCCACUAUGCCGUCGAGCUGUUCGAGGGCAUGAAGGCGUACCGCGGAGUGGACGGCCGCAUCCGGUUGUUCCGUCCGGAUAUGAAUAUGGCCCGCAUGAACAUCACCGCCCAUCGCUCCGGUCUGCCCACCUUCGAGGGUGCCGAACUGAUCAAAGCCAUGUCCCGCCUGAUCAUGAUCGAUUCCGAGUGGGUACCGCACAUGGAGUCCGCCAGCCUGUACAUCCGGCCCACGCUGAUCGGUAUCGAGCCCACGCUGGGCGUGGCCUCGUCCGAUUCGGCGCUCCUGUACACGAUCCUGUCUCCGGUGGGAUCCUACUUUAAGCCGGGAGCCGGUGGACUGAAGCUGUACGCCAACCCGAAGUAUACCCGGGCGUGGCACGGAGGAGUCGGAGACCGCAAGGUGGGCUCCAACUACGGACCGACGAUCCACGUGCAGCGGGAAGCACUGAAGGAGGGAUGCCACCAGGUUCUGUGGCUGUACGGAGAUAACCACGAGUUGACCGAAGUCGGCGUCAUGAACAUCUUCAUGCUGUACGUGAAGGAGAAUGGAGAACGGGAACUGAUCACUCCACCAUUGGAUGGCCUGAUUCUGCCGGGAAUUACUCGCGAUUCGAUCCUGCGGUUAUGUCGCCAGUGGGGAGAGUUCAGCGUCAAGGAGCAGAAGUUCACGAUGCCGAUGGUCCAGAAGCUGGCCAAGGAAGAACGGCUACUGGAAAUGUUCGGUUGCGGAACGGCCGCCGUCAUUAGCCCGAUCGAGAACAUUGCCUACAUGGGCGAGGAGAUCCACAUCCCCACGGAGAGUCACCAGGCGCCCGUCUACCGGCGGUUGUACGACACCCUGACCGGUAUCCAGUACGGCAAGAUCGAGCACCCGUGGGCCCCGGUCAUAGAUUAAGCCGACUCUUCUAUUGCUACGGCACUUCUAGGUGAAUCAGUACUAUUUUGUUGUGGUAUGUGGAAUGAGUGACGGUGAGUGACUGAUGGCGUGAGUGUGAGGGUGUAUACACGAGUCUUCCACAGGUUAGGUAGGGCUGUGCGCUAUUACAGCGCACACAAACUAAACGAAUACAGGUUAGGAGAGGAAAAAGACACUUUUAGGUGAGAGAACGGGAAAUGCGGAGAGUGAGUGCAUGUUAGUAUGAGGUAAGGUUAGGAUUAGGCGCUGUGUAGGAAGUAGAUUCCUUAGAUUUUAGCGCGUUGGCAGUAGGAUUACACUCAAGUGGGCGGGUGGAAGACCGCGGAAGGUUUCAAGCGAUGAUGGAAGCGAACCGAUUGUGAUUUAUUUGUUUACGAAAUUGUUAUAAUCUAGUGAGACAAAUGCCUGCUUUUUGUCUGUUGCAAAUAGAUCUACUUAAUUGUUAAUAAUGGGUGAACAUCGAAUAACGGAACCAUCCGAGGAAACUGACAUAUCGAAAUUUGCGUGGAGGCAUUUACUAGAAUACGUACCGCUUGUAGGUUAUGUUCAAACGAAAAAAAAAACUCAAUUACAUACUCGGCAAGACUUCCAGUUUUUAGAUCGCAUAAGCUAUUUAGCAAAACUGUCACAGUGAUAGUAACAAAGUAGGCCGCUAGGAAUGUGAACAGAACUCAGGAAAGCGUGGGAAAAGAUUUCAGUGGUUGUCACAUUUCAUCCCAUUGGCAGAACCCUUCCCAAUUGGUAGAUCCCAAUUGACAGAGCUGCAGGGCUGUCACAAAAUAAGUGCCUAAAGAGUUCAUUCAUUUAUCCUGUUUUAAACCAGUCCAAAAAAUCGUCCAAACGCCCACCAAAAUCACGAUGAAACCUCAAAAAACGUAAAACCUCUGCUUUCCAACCCCAGGCAGAUGAUUGAAAUCUGACAGAACCAAAUUAACCCUCUUCCCCCCAAAGUUGUUGCAUCUCUCUAAAAAAAUUGCAAAACGAUGAUACAUGAUGAUGCGACACGACAACCGCAUGCAGCGCAAGCGCCCUUGCGCUUCGAAUCAUUGCGAAAGCACGCAAGUCGCGUGCUUUUGAACUCGGAAAUAUUUCACUGAAAUGUUUCUCCCACAAAACACCGCCACGGUGCCGCCGUCUCAAUCAGAGGCGGCGCGCGGUACAUCAUUUUGUUGACAGCGGUACGUUGUUGUUGGCGCGCAACAACGCGAAAUGAAGCGACACGUGGCACUGGGUGCUUCGAUCCGCGAAGCACAGCUUGCCACGAUGUGAUAAACUUUAACGUUAGAAAAAAACGGAAGAAAGCAAAUUGACAAAAAGCAUUUAGUACUCUUAUAAAUAAAUAAUAACAAUAAAUAGAAUCAUUUUGGUGUGUUUUGCGCGUGAAUCUGGCGGCGAUGCAGGGAGAUGGUGCCUUCUUCGCAAAACUCAGGUAGAAAUCACACACUUUCAUAAUCAUUUUUUUUUAGUUUCCUUAUUUUCGCUUAUGUUUUUUGUUUGUUAAUUAUUCCAAAACCACUCGCGGACCCCGAAAGUAGUAGUUUGUCGUACAAAACGAAAAAAGUGCAUUUCCAGGUUGUAAAUAGGAGUAAUUUUUCGGUUUAGUAGGGAAACCAAGUUUCCACAAAUGAGGGGGCCCCUCUGGUGGGAAAAGGGAACAGGGGUGCUUCGUGCUCGAGUGUGACCCCCGGAAUUCAGGGUGUGCCAAAAGUUAGAAAUUUUUGGAGACGACGGAAAAGCCGGAAACACAUGGAAAAGAGUGCGAAUGCAUCCCUUCCUUUUCCACGGGGCCCAGAAGUAGUAGUACAAGUGUGUUAUACGAAGAUGCCUUAUACGACUAGAUCUUCAUUUUUUAUUAACUUUUAUUUUGCGCUAGGUUUUAGUAGUAGUAGCUUUUCUACUAAGUAGGUAAGAGUCGCUUUUUUGUAUUAAAACAAUGAAAACUGAUGGAAGUGAAAAUAAAGCAAACCAGUUUUUUUUUUCUCAGCUUAAAAUAAAA